AUGUCAACUCAAACCGCCAUCCUCGUUAGCGAAAUCGGUAAGCCACUGAUCAAGGCUUCCCGUCCCAUCCCAGAACCGAAGGAUAGCGAAGUCCUCGUUCAGGUCACCGUUGCAGGCCUGAAUCCACACGACGCAAAAUGUCGUGACUGGGGGCUGUUCAUCCAAGAUGUUCUACCCGCCGUUUUAGGCGCAGAUAUCGCUGGUGUUGUGACCCGCGUUGGUCGUAAUGCCACCCGAUUCAAGGAAGGGGAUCAUAUUUUCGGGCAGGCCUUGCUGCCCAGUCCAGCCUCCGGGGGUCUUCAAGAAUACGCUAUUCUUGAUAGUAGAUUCUCGGCUAAAGUUCCUUCGGGCUUCACUGAUGCUCAAGCGACUUCGCUACCGACCAACUAUGUGACAGCUGCAGUCGCCCUCUUCGAUACAACCUGCUUUAGUUUCCCGGCGCCGUGGGAUCCUGCAGCGAAGAGCUUCGACUACAAGUCGACUUCCUUGCUGAUUGUCGGAGGUGGCUCGAAUACCGGGAAAUACGGUAUUCAGCUCGCUGCCUUGGCAGGCAUUGGAAACAUCAUCGUCAUUGCUGGUUUGAGAGGCGCCGCAGAUCUCAAGGCUCUAGGCGCAACUCAUGUUAUCGACAGAACCAAAAGCCCGACAGAGAUUGCCGCAGAAGUACGCGAAAUCACCGGAGAUGAAUUGAUCUAUGCAUUCGACACUAUCAACCCACCCGGAAGCCAGUUCAUUGGUGUUGAAGCUUUAUCGAAUUCCAAGACUGGAAAGCUUGCUCGGUUGCUGCCAUCGGGCCCGAUUGAUGAGACAAAGCUCUCUACUAAGCCUGCUGGCUUUGAGACUCUGAAUGUGUUCGGUACAUCGAAUGGUCGACCUGAUACCGCUAUUCCACUAUGGGAAACGGUAACUGACUGGCUUGAAGAGGGAAAGAUUAAGCCUCUGGGUUAUCAGGUUAUCAAUGGGUUUGAUCUAGAUGCGGUCAAUAAGACGCUCGACGGGUAUUCGAACGGAAGUUUGAGUGGUCAAUGGCAAGUUCAUGUUUAA